AUGCUGCAGCCUCUGGGCAGAGCAGAGCAGUUUCCCGCGCGAGCCAAAGAGCUACUUUCGCCGAGCAUGGAGCGGAUACUGCGCCGCGGGUCGUCCUCGGCCGCUGGCCGCGAGCCUGCGGCCGGCGACGGCGUCGCUCUGAAGCUGCCGCAGAACGUGGAAGACACGCUGGCCAAGGUGCUGCCGUCGGAGGACGUGCUGGACCGGCCCGAGUUCGACGCGCGCGAGUUCAUCAACCGCAACUUCCCGGACGAGCAGAGUCUGGGCGACAUCGGGGACUUUGUGAGCCGCCUGCGCGUGCGCAUGAAGGAGCUGGACGACUCGCUCUCGCAGGCGUCGCAGGACCAAAGCCUGGCGGCCCACCAGGCGCUCGUGGAUCUCAAGGAGGCCAAGAUGGCCACGCAGCAGCUCUUCCACAAGAUCCACGAUAUCCGAGGCAAGGCGGAGCAGUCGGAGGUCAUGGUGCAGGAGAUCUGCCGCGACAUCAAGCAGCUGGACUACGCCAAGCGGCACCUACAGACCACGCUCACCGCGCUCAAACGACUGCACAUGCUGGUCAACGCGGUGGACCAGCUCGAGUUCAUGUCCUCCCAGCGCAAUUACAGAGAGGCCGCGUCGCUACUGGAAGCUGUGAACCAGCUCUUCUCGCACUUUGACGGCUACACGAGCGUCGGCAAGAUCGUUGAGCUGCACAAGACUGUGCGUACGUUGCAGGAAGAGCUCGGGGGACAGAUCUUCGCCGACUUCCGGUCCAUUGGCCCCAUGGAGUCUCUGGAGGAGAACUUCCCCUCUGAAGAAGAGCGGAAGGCAGUGUUUUCCAACCUCUCGGCGGCAUGUGCUGUUGUGGAUGCGCUGGGGAGGGCGACUCGAGAGAAGCUCAUCCACGUGUUCUGUGACGAGCAGCUCAUGUCCUAUGAGAGGAUGUAUGGCGAGGGAGGCGAGUGUGCUGGGCUGCAUCAGGCUGAAACGCGCUACACGUGGUUUUACAACUUGCUCAAUUCCAUCGACGAUCGCUUGAAUGCAGUGUUCCCAAAACACUGGCGCAUGGCCCGACGAAUGUGCAUCCGCUUCUGUGAGUGCACGCGGACGCAUUUGCUUGCACAGAUUGGCGCACACACCCCGGAUGAAAUGGAUGUGACGCUGCUACUCAAGUCUCUGCAGCGAACGCUAAUGUUUGAACGUGACGCGGCCCAGCGGUUCGAAGGAGUGGUGGAAGGUGAAGAGCAGGAGGAGAUGGAGCUGGACGAGAACGGGGAGGUGAUUGAUCCUCACUCCGCAGAAGGCAUCAAGAGAAAGCAUCGCCGCAAGAAGCGUGAGGCGGAACGCAAGGCACUGGAGGAAGAAAUGGAGAAGAACGGCGAGCUCACUGGCGACAACAGUCAGAGUCUGCCGACAAUCCGAGGAAUGAUCUCUCGCUCGUUUGACCCUUUCAUGACGGCGUACGUCGCCCUGGAGCGCAAGAACAUGGAGCAGAUGAUCAACGAAGUGAUGAGUGCGGAGCUUGUGGAUCGAAACGGCCAGCUGCCCGUGUUUUCAAGCUCAGUGAACAUGUUCGCGUACAUCCGGAACUCCAUCAAGCGUUGCACGGCGCUGACGAACGGGCAGACGUUCUUCGAUCUCCAGAACGAGUUCAAGCACUGCUUCCAGCUAUACUCGCAGCGGCUCCUCGAUAAGCUGCCUGCUGCUUCGACGGGAAACACCGGUGGUCUCGACUCCUCGAGCAGUAGUGCCAUCAGCAAGGUAAAGCUUGGUGAUAAACAGGAGGAAGAACUGUGCUUCGUGAUCAACACGGCCGAGUACUGUGCGGAAACGCUGCCGUCGCUGGAGGAAGUCAUCCGCGCCAAGAUCGACAAGGCGUUCAGCGAAGCUAUCGAGCUGUCACAGGAGAUUGAUACGUUCCACGAUGUUGGCGCUACCGCGAUGAAGUGCAUCGUGGCUGGAUUGGAGACGUCGCUGGAUGACGAGCUCACCGCGCUCCACAAGGUGAAUUGGCAGACGUGGGAAGCAGUAGGCGACGAGAGUCUGUACGUGACGCAGAUGGGCGAGAAGCUCCGCGCGUUCGUGCCGGUGCUGCGCCAAAUGCUGUCUGGGUUGUACUUCACCAACUUUUGCGAUAAAUUCGCGGCCUCGUUCGUGCCCAAGAUCCUGCAGGCCGUGAUGAAGUGCCGGAAGGUGAACCAGGUAGCGACCCAGCAGCUGCUGCUGGAUGUGUACGCGCUGAAGACGCUCUUCCUGCAGUUGCCAGUGCUGACGAACGACGCGUUCCCGUCGUCGUCCUCAUCGGCGAGCACGGCGACGAUUCCGGCGCGCUACACCAAGUUCGUCACGAACGAGAUCGCCAAGGUGGAGAGCGCGCUGAAGCUCAUCGGGACCCCGAACGAGAUGCUGGUUGAGAGCUUCAAGAUCAUGUGGCCCGAGGGCACGGCGGAGGACUUCCAGAGCAUCAUGAACAUGAAGGGGCUCAAGAAGAGCGAGCAGGCCGGGUACCUCGAGACGUUGGGCAUGCAGCGCAAGCCCGCGGGCAAGAUCGCCGAGAUGGAGGGCAAGAUGAGCGACAUGACCGAGAACUGGAAGAAGAACAUGCAGAACCUGGCCAAAGUGCCGUUCACCUUCACCGGCGGCAUGAACACGAACGCCCACAACCAAGGGUAG